CGAGAGCGCUCAGACAGCGAGCUGCGGAGAAAAAUAACGGACCAGCCACCGCGCUGGAUCUCUCCUCCUUACCGACGCGGGGGGGGGAACCAAACCGAGGAAUACUGGUGUUUUAUUCAAACGAAGAAACGGGUCUAAAACCUCGCUGAACAGACAAGAUUCCUGGCAGAGUGUGUGAGCGCUACAGGGGAUCAGUCGGUGUGUUUGUGAGAAGUACUUUCCUAACGGCAGACAUGGAGACCCAUUUCCUGAUGAGAGUGUUGUGAGUCCGGCGCAGCCCUGUCGCGCCCACAGCGUCCCCUCUCGGCCCGGGUGGCCCACCACGGCCCCCCGGCCUCCUCAAUGAAGGGGUAUCAUGUCAGCCGCAGCCUGUCCCAGCACUCUUCUGGCGGGGGGCACACACAAUGUGACCCGGGCCCGGGCCCUGGCUCCGUCCGAGAGUACCACCGCCACCCCUCUGAACACUACGACCGGGCGGGGAACCCCUUCUACGCCCCCGGUGGUCCCCCAGAACCCCUAGCUCUGGAGCAUCGCUCCCACACCCACUCUGGAGGGGGGACGUUCCCCCGCUCCCACCCCAACCAGCAUCCCCCGACCCAGCAGUUGUACGACUCAUGUGAGGAUUGUCUGUCCACGGUGGGGGGUCACGGGGGUAAGAUGCAUCGCAUGCCUCCUAACCUCCAGGAUCAGUUUGAAAAGCAGCUUCCCUUCCACCCUGACGGGUUCCACACCCUGCAGUACCAGAGGAGCGCCAGCGGGGCGGAACAGCGCGGCGAGAGCCCCUCCCGUAUCCGCCACCUGGUUCACUCAGUCCAGAAACUCUUCGCCAAGUCCCACUCCCUCGAGGCGCCGUCAAAGAGGGAAUACAACGGCACACGAGGAGGGGAAUACCGAGAAAGAGGAGGAGGGGGGCCCAGGAGCGGAGGAGAGGAAGGUGGCGGGCAUAAUCAUUCGGGCCACCAAUCCCGCUCGGCGAGGCGCAGCAAAUCCCGCGAGCGCUCCAAAAGCGGGGAUGGGCGCCACGAAUCCUCCAGCAGGCGGCACAGGAGCCGAACCGCGGGGUGGUGGAGCUCCGACGACAACCUCGAUAGUGACAGCAGCUUCUUGGUAACCGGGGGCAACACCGGGCCAGGUGGUCGAGGUGGCGGGCGAGGCGGAUACCCCACGGGCCACGAGAGUCUGGACGCUGCCAUCCAGGAGCUGACCAUGAAGAAACUGCCCAGACAGGGGAGUGUACCACCAGGGCCCGGGCCGGGGGAGUGCAUGGCCUGUACCACUCUGGCCCUGGCAGGGGGGGAGGGUGGUGGAGGGGGAGUGGCAGGGUACCAUGGAGGGCCAGGACAACACUCUCUGAAGAGGAGCACGUGGUCGGCCAUGACGGUCAGCCAGGCUAGAGAGGUGUACCCAUCGUCUGUCCGGGGAGGAGGAGGAGGAGGAGGAGGAGGAGGCUAUGACAAGGCCUUGGUACCUCUGGAGAACAAACUGAAGGAGAGGACCUUUCACUACUUACAGGUCCCGUCAGACGGGGUGGAGUGGGGUGGUCCUGACGGAGAGGGGGAGAUCCCCUGCAGGCGCAUGCGGAGCGGCAGCUACGUUAAGGCCAUGGGAGACGACGACAGUCAGGACUCUGAUGCCAGUCCUAAAGCCUCUCCUAAAACCACCAUCAUCGCCCAGAGAGAGGCCUUCAGACGCUCUGUCAGCAUGGACCACAGGUCAUCUGCCACCAAGUACUCAUGUAAGCAGUGUGUAGAUUCUACUCUACCCUAUGCUAACAGCCGAACCAAGCCCAAAAACCACGCCCGCUCUCGGAGCUACACUCGUUCUUUAACCAGCUCACAGCUGGGUGACUCUCUGAAUCGUCAGUUUGAAGCGGUGUGUGAGACCAUGUUUGGAGAGAUUGAGAGUCAGGCGGUGGAAGCCUUGGAUCUACCUGGAUGCUUCCGGACCCGUUCCCAUAGUUACGUCCGCGCCAUCCAGGCCGGCUGUUCCCAAGACGACGACUGCCUGUCCGUCUUCUCCAUAUCGGGACCCCAGGGUAGCAUCAAGGGAGGAGCCAUUUUUCCAUACCGUAAGGGUGGCCCUCCCCCCCUCCCUCCUCGUAUGUCCAAGCCUAUCAUCUCUGUGAGGGCUCAGAGUAGUACAGAGUCUACCCAGGAUACCUACUUCCAGAACACAGGCCAGCCUGCCCUGGGACGACCCAGGCAACACCAUAGCCACUCUGUCGACCUGGGAAUCACUGAUGUUGUGGUGUCUGGUCAGACCUCCAGGGGAUCCAGGGAAGGAGGUUACUACACAGGACCAGGACAAGGCCGCUCCCGCCAGCACUCCAACUCAGCCGAGAGUCUGGACGGGGUCCUCCGGGGCGGGCGUGAGCUGAUGCCCUAUGGAGGAGGAGGACAGGGACCCAUCAGAGUCAAACACAGUGGCUCCGCGGAUAGUCUCCUGGAGGGGCCCAGGGGAAGGGAGAGGGGAGAGAGGGAUAUGAGGCGGGCAGGGGGGAGUCUGUGGAAGUCUGCCUCCCUCCCACAGAACAGUAUGGUGCUGAGUAAGAUGGGAGGAGGAGGAGGAGGAGGAGGAAGAGGAGGAGGACAGGAGGAGAACAAGACAGAGGGAAGAGGAAGGAAUUGGAGGCCUUCUAUCGCUGUACAGGUGGACAGCCCGGGGACCCUGACAGACUCGGACGCGGAGAGCAAGGCUCUGAGAGAGGUUCACUCUAUAGGAGUGCAGGUGGAGGAAGACAAGAGGCGUGCUCGGUUCAAGCGCUCCAACAGCGUGACGGCCGGCGUCCAGGCAGACCUGGAUCCAGAGGGGGGUUACCCAGGCCUCACCAUCGCUGUACCUACCCAGGAUAAGAACCUACAGUUCCCAGGCCACACCAUCGCUGUUCCUACCCAGGAUAAGAGCCCCCAGUUCGGCUGCUCCUUCCAGAGACACUCCUCAGAGCCAGGGUCAACCGACCAGUACGCAGAGUACCACCGCACGGUGCACACCCAGGGCCAGUGGACCUACAGAGAGGACUAUGUUCAGGAUGGUUACGCUACAGACAACCACCAGAUCCCCCCGCUGCCCCCGCGGGCCCACUCCCCCCUGCCCCUCGCUGCGGACCGUGGAGGCUGGACAGGUACACCCCAGCCCUCACUGGAGGGGGGCCCCCGGAGUCUGCCCGACUCUGGUCGCGCCUCGCCCUGUCUGAGAGACGGAGAGUUUUUCCUACGCCUCCUUCAGAUGGAGGUGGAGAGGAUGGAGGGAUGGUGUCAGAACAUGGAGAGAGAGGCGGAGGAGAACGAGCUGCCGGAGGAGGUUCUGGAGCUGAUCCGUAAUGCGGUGGGCAGUGCCCAGAUGCUCAUGUCUCAGAAGGUCCAGCAGUUCUUCCGUCUGUGCCAGCAAAGCGUGGACCCCUCAGCAUACCCCCAGCCCACCUCUCAGGACCUGUCCGGGCUCUGGGACCUGCUCCAGCUCAACAUGGAAGACGUCAGGGUCAAGUUCCAGCACCUCCAGAGGCUCAAGGACUCCGGCUGGAGGCUUCCCCCAGACAAGAAGGAUGACAAGAAGCUUCCUCCCCCACUACCAAAGAAGCCAGCUGGGGGAGUGAGUGGCAGUCUCCGUGCUGACAGCGUCAACGACCUCUCAGUGGAACGAGGGGUAGGAGGAGGCGGAGGGGUGUUGGUGAUGGCCCGUAGCGGGGGUGUGGGACGGGCCGUGCCUAUCCGGGAGAAGUCCUUAGACCUGGGGGACAGACAGAGGACUGAGGCACGCAGGAGACUGCUCCAGACCAAGAGGUCCUCUUCCUUCAGACAGAACUCAGCCACGGAGAGCGCCGACAGCAUCGAGAUCUACAUCCCAGAGGCUCAGACCCGGCUCUGAACAUGGUGAUACAGCCCUUUAUCCCAGUGAACAGAACCGACCCGACGCCUGGGACAGCCUAAAUAUAGAGAUAUAGCUAGCUAUCCCAACCUAGAACGACCACAACCAUUGAGAUCUACAUCCCGGAGGCUCAGACCCAGUUCUGAACACUGGAACCAACUAAACGUGGAGAUACAACCUAUUUUCUGAGGAUCCUGGAUCAACCAAAACUCUCCCAAGUUCCAUACACUGAUCCCCCCUCUCCCAAUGACGAUAUGGGCCAUACUGACUUUCUCAAGCCUUCACUGUUGGGGGAUGCUGGGUCCCAUCGUCAUGGCAUUCCAUGGACGAGGCAAGACAGAAGGGGAGAGCCAUUUGUGCCCUGGAACUUUGAAUCCCCAAUAAACAAACACAAACAAUCUGUGGCGAGAAUGAUGACUACGGGGAUCACAGUUGACUCCACACACACAUUUAUUUCCCUCAUCUUAGUCGGGGGGAGAGAGAGAUAGAGCUGUAAAAUACAGUGACAGUCACUGAAAGGUGUAGUCAUGCAAUAGUAGCAUGUCUGUGCAUGCCUGUCCACCUAUAGCGUAGCCUAGCCACGCCUGGAAUAGCCUAGCCUAUCUUAGCCUCUUAGCUCAUCUUAGCCUCUUAGCCUAUCUUAGCCUCUUAGCUCAUCUUAGCCUCUUAGCCUAUUUUAGCCCAUUUUAGCCUCUUAGCUCAUCUUAGCCUCUUAGCCUAUCUUAGCCUCUUAGCUCAUCUUAGCCUCUUAGCCUAUCUUAGCCUAGCUUCCAUCUUCACAGGAAAUAAGGGCUUCACAAAUCUCAACCACUCUUGUGGGCAUGGAGCAGAUUCUCCCUCUAAAUGGCCACUCAACAUCACCCAAGGCUCUAAAGGUAAUCUCAAUAUCAACUAGCUACCGUUCGACGCCAUUUGGCUAGUUGGCUGCAUCCUCUGAAGACUGUGUUAAUACACACUCACUCAACAUUCAACUGUGGAUUUCAUUUUAACCUACAUGCCUCCUACACAUGUCCCGGUCAACACUCAUUCACCUAAGGUUUUAUUCUCUCGCGACUCCUUCCUAUUGGCCCGAGCAUCCAUCAAUCUACCAGCUGUCUGGGCAGCAGUGUACUGUUUGAAGGAGAGUGUGUUUUUCUUUUUUUGUACAUCGUUUUGAACGAUGCUGUUCACCAGCUAUCUAGUGUGGCACGGUAUACUUGACAGCCAGAGAACAUCACAAACAAACAAAAAACCUUGAAGCUGUUUUCAUUUUUUUGUUAUAGAUAUUCCUUCUGAAGUGUAAAAGGUUUGGCAGUGGGUGGGUGGUUUGAUUCUUUUUUUUUUUUUGAGUUUUAGAGUUUUUCAGAAUAUUGAAAUUUCACAACAGGGGAUCCUUUUUCACUGUGAGACAAUGGCACCCCCUGGUGGCCAAAAUGAGAAUCACAGAAUAACUGUCAGAGGAGGAGGGUGUGUGGGACUGGGGAAUAUCGGCCUCAUAAAAACAGGAGACUUACGUAGCAAAAAAAGUCUUAUGUAUUUUUUAGAUAUAUUUAUUACAUUUCCAACAAAAAUGAUUUUUUUCAAGAUUGGAUCGACAAGCAAAAUGGCAAAAUGAAUUGAAGAGCUGCGAGAAUUGAAGGCGAUUUCUCUGCCUGUCAGCUUCCUCCUCCCUCUAUGUAACUUCAGCACAAGACCCUUCCAACGGAGAGAGGGAUUAACUCUUUGCUCUCCUUUCACCCCCCCCCCCCCCCUCCCUCUCUCUCUCUCUCUCUUCCUGUCUCUCAAUUCAAUUCAAUUCAA